GACAUUUUUUUUAAUACAAAUGUCAAUUUUGUCAACAGAAUGAUGAUAUUAUUUAUUUUAUUUUGGUUCAACAUAAAAAUUGUUAUUGCUUAAUAUUUUGUUUAACUGCAUAGUUUGUGAAGCGAAGAGUUUCCAUAAGUUACAUACAGGAAUAUGAUAGGUGAUGAAACCGAAUACUUACAGCCAGUGCUAGGAACACUUCCAUCUCAAAGAUUUAAACCUAUGAAAUCAAGAUGGGUGGCUGCUCUUUUACUCAUUUUAAUUGUACUUGUGGAGAUCUCAGGUAUUGUGAGUGCGCUAUACUGGCCUCAUACGGCACUCAAGUGUGAACCACUGUACUUCAUCCUCUAUUGUCAUGCUGCACUGUGGAUUCUUGUGCUGUUCCUGGACCACGGGUUGAAAUGGCAUCACAACAAACUGAGGCUGGAAGGUUAUUUAAAAGCUUAUGAGCAGAUGACAAAAAUAGGAUCUCUUCCAUUUUACAUUGUGUCUUUUGGUAAUGCAGUGUUGCUGGUGAUGGUGACUGUGUAUCAACAGAUGAACCUGACCCUAGAGAAAGUCUGUGGUUCACACUGGGACUCACCAGGCUGGGUAGCGUUGAUGUUGAUCUCCGUAGAAUUCAUCUUCUUGUCUUACUUUCUCAUUGUUUACUUGGUAAACGUGAAAAAGUUCAACUCAGCCAAAGCUCCUCCUGAUGUCACCAGUCCUGACACUUGGGAAGCCUUUACCAAUCAUGAGGUUGGAUACAGAGAGCAUGGUGAGGAUGUACAAGAGCUACUACAAAAGCAGGCAGACUCCAUCCGCUACUACAAAGACGCCGUUGAAGUGUUGCAACGUAAGGUGAUGGGGUUGACUGCUCAGUUGAGAGGAGAUGUCAUUAACUAACACUAUAAACACAUGACGGUCAUUGGUGUCCCUUAGCACCUAAAUAUAUUCCAUCAUCACAAGCUAAAAUUAUAAUUAUAAAUCUACUAAGCGUAGGUUGUGGUGAAAAAGACCUUUGGACAAUUGCUUUUUUCUCUGUGGAAAGUAGGCCCUUGUACUAAUUAAUUAGUCUUACUGUUGACUCAAGCAAGCACUGAGAAGUUAUGUUAAAUAGACUGUUUGGUAUUCAAUAAUGUAUCAUUUUAGUCAUUACUUUACUGUCAUAUUUAUUAGCUAAACAUUCAGAGGUACAGGUAACAAAGUAUAAAGUAUAACUUAAUUGAAUAAUAUUAAAAUAUAUACAGUUAGACUAUAUUUUAUUUUUAUCCAGAUAUUUUUCCUCUUUAGUUGUAUUUCAGCGAGCAUUACAAUACAAUGUAACCCCAAAAAGUAUGUUCAUUCUAUUUGUAUCAUGUUGUUACUUUAUAUUAAUUUACUUCAAUUAUGUUAUUUUUUUAUACUUAGAUCAUAAUAAUGACUGGAUCUUGAUGCAUUUAACCAUAUAUAGAAAAUACACCAAGUCGUUGUAGACCAUGUAGAAUUAUCUGCAGAAAAUUACUUUCUUUUCUAGUUUUUAGGGGACCUCACCACUAUUGUUGAACGUUUAACUUGCAUCCAAAAGUCUCUAAUUACACACACUAAACUAUGCUUAAAUUAUUGUAAUGCAAUCUCCUCUAUUAAUUUAUUUGAAGGGUAAAAUUACGCAGACUAUUAAAGUUGUUUUUUGGUUGUCAUGUGAAAUAUAUGCUAAACAAGCAUCUAUGCUAGACAUUUUUAUCGGCUUUAUUGAAGUACAGUAAAUACAAUAUUAUGUCUCAAUAGACCUCACCAGUGGUAAUGCUAUUUUCAAGCAAUUUAAUUAUUAAACCGUAAAUAUUUACAACAACACCUAAUCAUUCAGAAUCUAUUAGAAAUAUUACAUAAUUAAUUAGUGCUGUAUAUUAUUGUAUUUAUAAGUAUAUGUAGUAUAAGUAUGUAGGCUGUGAACUGAUAAUGAAAAUGGUCUGUAAAUACUAAAUAGCCACAAUGAAAAUGUGUACUGCUUCUGUUAUGCCAGUUCAGUUUUUGUUAUCUUUUUUAGGAAUAGGUUUUUACGUACCUUCGUCAAAUAGUUCAAUAAUAAAGAUUGCUCAGUAGCUUACAUGUUUCGUUGCGAUGACAGCAUUCUCAAAGCUUGCAACUCAUCAAGAACACAAUUAAAACAAAUACGACAUGGACAUAAAAUAUUAAAUAAAAACUGCUACCGACCCCGCCCUUGGCCUUUAUUAUUGGACUAUUUGACGGAGGUACGUAAAAACCUAUUAUUGUCUUUAAUAAAAUAGUCCAGGGCCAGAAACAUGCAUUUUGGCUAUCUUUUUCUUCAAAUAAAUGGAUAUGUGAUA